UCCGACGUGGGGAGCGCGACGCUCGCGGAGCUUGGGGACGGCGUGGGGGUGAACGACGAGAUGGGCCGGUUGGACGAGGCGCGGCUCGUGCUGGAGAGCAUCCUGGGCAACGGAGAGACGAGCGGGGUGCCUGUCUUGGUGCUGGCGAACAAGCAGGAUCGCGAGGACUGCGUCGAGGUUGUGCGCAUCAAGGAGGGGUUCGUGCGGCGGGUGUUUGAGGGCGAGAAAGGGGGGAAUGUCAGGGACUCGAGGGUUUUACCAUGCAGUGCGCUGACGGGGACGGGCGUGCACGAGGCCGUCGAGUGGCUGGUAACGCGCAUGACGGGGAAUAAGGAGAGUCGGCCGCCGGUUAUGCGGUGAUGAUACGCAGUGCCUUCGAACAUGUACUCCACGGGAGCUUCGUAGACGGCUCCAGCUCUCCGAGUCCUCAAGAGAGGGUGAUUUCUGCGAUCCCAGCACAUCUCCAACAGUGUCCCAGACCCUACAUCUCCAACCCAGCCCUGCAACCUCAGCCCUGCAACCUCAGCUCUGCAACCCCAGCUCUGCAACCCCAGCUCUGCAACCCCAGCUCUGCAUCCUUCGCGUCGAUAACCAUGUUCAUUCAUAUUCGUAUCCAUGUUCUAACUGCCUCCCGUGUGUCGUGCAUAGGGCGAGCUUCCAGAACACACCAAGAACAACGGCGCCCGCGCCGGGGCAUGCAUGCAGGUACUUGGACCCAGACCCGGCCAUGUCUGCAACACGCGACGAAGUGGACCGCUGACGAGUUCAGACCGGGACUCGCAAGAACAGACCUGUCUGACGUGUCAACUCACGGCAAGCACGGUAAUGUGCAGUCGGUAAGCAUCGCCAAGGCAAGGUCAAUUGUCGUGCCAACUGCGGUGUGUUCGUCAAGACCCAGUGGUACCGUCGGCCUCAUCCGAGCCACGCGGUUAAGCCUCACAAGCCGCCCACACAGUACAUGGGCGCAUGUCAGAGUGGGGCCCAACACACUCCGUAUUCAAGGAACAGGGCAGGUCGAUAGAGGUGUUUACUCUUUCAGGCAGAGGGGGCUGACUGCUCCUCCGAGGCCGGUUCGUGGCCCACAUUCCAUGUUGCCGAGUCCAAAGGGAUGAUGAUUCCCCUCCCCGCCUCGCGCGAGAGCUCCAACCUCGCGUCAUCAUCAUCGUGAUCGCCACAAUAAAAACAAAAACAUCAACAAAAACAACAGGCACAGCAGCGAUAGCAUCAUGGCGCCUGCUGAUAGCCCGCCUGUCGGCCUGCUCGCGCUGCCCACCGAGUUGCUGCUGCUGCUCGCCGAGUCGUGCCUCGACCAGACCGACAUCAGCAGGCUCGUGUGCAGCUCGCGCUACCUCAGCAACGUGCUGUGGCAGCCUCUGCUGCGCACCAACAUCGCGCACCACGGCAGCACGGCGCUGCUCUGGGCCGCGGCAAACAAUCACACCGACUUCG